AUGAGAAGGGCGCCAUCCCUCCUCUCUUCGUCUCGCCACAUUUCCAGAGCUCUGCUCACCCCAGUCAAUAGCACCGCCUCCGCGGGGAACCAAACCGUUCUUCGCGCUGCGAUAGGCCCCGCCGCCGCCUCCGCUUCCUCGAGUCCCCGCUUCAAGUCUUCCCCGUUUAAUUCGCCUGCCGGCGUACCUUCGGUGUCGUCCAGGUCGGGAUGUCUGGGCCUCGCUGGAUCGCUCUCCUUUUCCAUGGCUUUGGUAACGGUGGCCGAGUCCAAGGAACCUCCCUCCCGGGACCUCCUCCCCAAAGAGGUCGUUCUGUACCAGUACGAAGCUUGCCCCUUCUGCAACAAGGUCAAAGGUGAGCGAUGCCUCUCUAUAUAACUGCAGCUUCUGGGGCCGCUCUGAACACUCGUCGCCUUUUUUGUUGUUCUUACUGAACGAAAUAUGGAGUUGAAUUGGCCCACCGCAUUUUAUCUUUAGCUGACUGAGAACGAAGGACAAUUUUCAUGGAAGUCAUAUCGGCCGAAACAGAUUUUGUGGCUUGUUUGCUUCAACUGUCACAUACCCUAAGUCGACUGAUUGGUGAUCCCAAGUGCAGACGUGUCAUUAGAGAACGAUCCUUCACGUUUCAGGCGUAAAGAGUCGGUGUCAGACGAGGGGUCUGACUUGUCACUUAGGUCAGGGGAAAACUAAGGUAUAAAGAAAGAUAAUGACUGCGCAAAACGAAAAGAAUUCCUUGCCCAGGAUAUUUAUGGGGUGACAACAAUGGCCAAUCGACUAUUCUAGACUGUACCGCGAGCAUCAAUCAUAACUGAUGCAGAAAAGACCAUAAAAAUUUUAUACCUUUAUUUUCAAAUAUCCUGACAGAUUCAACUCUGAAAUAAAUGCUUGUUUAGCGUAGAUCGUAUUUUCAUUUUUUGGAAAAUGCUUUCGAAUUUCAUAUGUUAUUAUCUCAGCAAGCAUUUGCUACGUUUUGAGUGGUCCACUGUGAUAUCUACACGACCCAUGAAGAUGUUAAUCUGCAAACGCAAGCCAUUCUGUUUUAGUUUUCAUAGACCGAGCAUUUCUGGCAUACUUUUUUUAUAAUUUACUUGAUGUUGGCUAGUUUAUUCAACCCCUGCAAACAAUCAGUAAAGUCUGUAUGCAUUUUCCACUCAUCUAUAGCGACACCCAUUUGUAGCAGUUUUAUCCGAAUUAUUAAAUAAAUAUUUAAGCCUUUGUGGUUCAACUGGGACGAGCAACAGGCUGUCCUUUUCUUCUCAGCCAGCCUCAAUAAACCUGUCUUUGUCUGAAACAUCAACCUAACGCUAGAAAAAAUGGGUCUGGGGCUGAGGCUUUCAGGGUAAACUUGCCCAAUCUAAGUUUUGCUUUCAGUUUGUUGACAGUUCUCAAGUACCUUUAUGGCGAGUUGGGCCUGUAUUCUCAAAGUGCCAUAGUUGUACCCCAUAAUGAUUGAAGAUGACUUUUUAUGGCCAUUAAUCAAUUCAAAUGAAAGUACUAUUAUCCCUUGGCAUCAGAGUUUUCACGUGGAGUGUUGGGAGGGAACUUUGUUUUGAUUUACUGGCCAAAACUAGUUUCUUGCCUACAACUUCCUAAUUUGCUUCUACUUUGACAAUAGUCUAUGUAUUGGUUUCCAUAGUGAACGAGAAAACACUAAUAUUUUGUGGAAAAGUUUCUUGAAUGAUCGUGUACAAAACCAGAUUCCUUUCCAUUUUUGUGAUUUCGCCCAUCCAUCUAAUGGUUUUGAGUAUAUCAAAAAACUUUUCCAUAUAUUAUUACUCUUUUCCAUGUCAGGCGAAUAGCCACUUUCUUCUCGACGACCUAUCUUAGUCCACUCCAUUUGAAUCACAUGAUUGGGACUUGUACUCAGAUGCAAUACACGUGUUUGAUUGAAGUUAGAUGGAAGGAGAUCUCAUGGUAUCAUGGCGUUGUGUAGCAUGUAGAAAUCUCCUGAUACAUUGAGAACGAGCUUUUCAUGAUUUAAAGCAGAAUUAUGAAGCAGGCAGGAUCUGAAAAAUAUAGCAUUCAGUGAGGUAUGAAGUUGCAUGCUGGGAAUUAGAGGUGGAUUUCGCACUCACCACGAUAGCUUGAAAUGAUGGCUAGAAAAGACAUUAGAGCGGCCGUUGUUAGGAUCCAUGACUAAUUGGAAAAGACAUAAUCUUAGUUGGAUACUUGAUGUGGUUGUCUCUCGCUCCUCAAGGUCAGUGGAUACUAACAUUUUUCAUAAGAAAGGGCAGCAUUAAAAAUUGUAAGGUUUUGUUGAGAGAGGGGUGUAGUGGACUAGUGAGUUAGAGAUUUUGCAAGCAUGACUUUGUUGGAAGUGAUAGAGGUAGGACUGAACGAAGGAGGCACGUUUACCUACUUGUUGAGCAUAAUUUGAAACCACAACUGCUGUUAAAAUCUGUGUUCCCAGGUGGCUAAUUGUAAGCAAUGGUAAAUUGCUAUCACUCGAGGACAUGUCAAUUCCAUCUUUAAGUUAGUGGAUUAAAUUUUUUGCAUUAUAGUUUUAUGCUUUCUGGAUCAAACUGGUAAGUUGUAAGCUAUCUACUUUUUCUAGAUGAUUCCGAUUCUUUUGAUGUUUUCAUGGAUAUGCAUUUUUUUUUUGUCUUCAAAUUACCUCUGACUAUUAGGUACUUUGUUUGAUCUGAAUCAUAACUCAUUCUUGUGUGUUUGUACAAUAAAUAUCGAAGAAUCAAUGAACUUCACGACAGCUAGAUUCACAUUAAGCUAACUCACUACAACUUAUUUACCAGCUUUUCUAGAUUAUCACGAUAUACCAUACAAAGUUGUGGAGGUUAAUCCUUUGAGUAAGAAGGAAAUCAAAUGGUCGGAGUAUCAGAAGGUUCCUAUUCUGGUUGUGGAUGGCGAGCAAUUGAUUAACUCUUCAGGUUACAACCAUCAUCUUCUCCAGAAGUUGAUAAAUUGUUUAGCACAGCGUUUUUUUCUGUCUGCAUAAUCUUUGGGAUAUUUUUUUUGCUACAGAUAUAAUGAAAAAUAUGAGCAGCCGAAUUCACCCUGAAUCUUCUGUUCUUGCUGCCGAGGAAGAGGCGAAGUGGUUCAGGUAUGCUUAUUUUUUCCUUGGUUAUAUGGUCAGUUUUUUUUCUUGUAAUUAAGCACAUUAUUGCCAUAUAUUUUCCUGGACAUAAGCAUCCGAUUUCAACCAGCAAAAGAGAGGAUUCGUCGCAUUCCACGUUACAGUGGCUGUCACUGAAUAAGUUUAUUGGCACAGUAAUGAGAGAAAUAUCUACUUUGGUUUUUUCCGAAUUUGUGGAAGAGAGAAACAUUUGAGGAGACUAUCUAAGGCUUACUAUACAAAACAGUAUUUCUCCUGUGUUUCACAAAUAGCUGCAUCUCUCCUUGUUCAAAAGCAAAUCUUUGCCUUAUGACUUUAUGAUUUCUGUUCAGCCAAGAAAGCUAACAACGGUGCAGAUGUUUUAUACUUCUUCACCAUAUUUUCCAAAAUUAUUUGAAAGUCUGAGAAAACUAUAAAUUGGACAAGGUGCUUCAGCUUCACAGAGAAUUUUGUAGGGCAUUCAAGCGAACUAGAUGCAUAGAAUCGCUUACCAGUUUUUAUCAAUUCAAUGUCGACCUAUAAAGUCUUUUUUUAUAGCUAUAUAGCAUGCAAAUGGAGAGUACGCCACAUCUUGACGGAAAUAUUUUGUUGAAAAUAAAAUUAAACAUAUAUAAUAAUUGAUAAAAAAAAAUUGGUAUCCUAAUGCUUGUUAGUGGUUGUAAAGCACUCGAAUUCGAUCAGUGGUUGCUAAUCUAUAAAGUUUCAUGUGGAUCACAUAAAAACUUUGUCUUUGACUAUGCUUAUUUUACUGAUUACGUCUUUAUUUUGUUUUCAGAAUGUGACUUGUUUUGGGUAACAACUUUUAUUUUUAGAUUUAGACACGGCUUGCUACUUUGCCUUUUAUUAGAGUUUUCAAGAUAUUUAUCCAUAAUCUUGCUUUCACUUCUUCCCGCUCCGCCCAUCCCCUUUUGACAGCCAUAUUUAUGCAAAAAAAUGAAUCAGGAAUGGGAUGGCAUCAGCCUCCAUCAAUCAUAGGAAAACUUUCAGAAAAGAGUAUUUAUAGACCCUCAAGUAUAAAACUUACCAAACAUAUAGCCCAAAUAUAUAAAGUUCUUCAAUGGAUGUAGUCGAGUUUCGUAUAUAUAAAAUCUAAUUAUGGAAACAAGUGGUAAAGAGCAAUCCCUGCUGAGGGGGCUGCCAAAUGGUAGUCUACUGAUGUGUCACACAACUGCCACAUGAGUAACACCCUCCCUCAAGCUCAUGAGGGCCUGGAUUGAUCGCAGAUAGCUUGCUCGUGGAAAGAUACUUCAUCUCUGCCUCCGAAUCUUUUACCUUUCUGACCCUGCAGAAUGAAAGCCAAUCGCUGUGCCCAUUGUUAACCAAGUUCUGAUCCCACAUCUGCUUUUUCCUUUAAAAUGUCAAGGACCGCUGGGAGUUCUGCAAAAACCAAGUAAACUUAGAGAACCUGUCAAGGUUCUACUUAGAUUAUGAGAUCAUGUAUAAGUUCUGCAACAGAUCCAUGAUCCCGAAGAAGAAGAAGAAGAAGAAGGGGAAGAUCAUAGAAUAUAAACAGGAGCAAUUAUAGAUUCUCGAGUAAAACCUUUUGCUAAAAAAAUCUCAGUGAACCCUCUCUGAUAAUGUAACUGCCAUAUUGCAGCCUGUCCAUGUGUGUCCAUCACUUACAUUUCAAACUUUAUUCAUCUUUUUUGGUACGAUUUGUCGUGUCACGCCCAUCUUAGUACACUGGGUGCAGCUUUUGUUCAUGGUUUUGCUAUCAUAUGUGCAGGCAUGAAGUGCAGUUCUUUUUAUUUACCCCGUUAAUAAUGAAUUGAUAGCCAAGAACAGCAUUUUGUCGCAGGUGGGUUGAUGAUCACUUGGUUCACGUAUUAUCACCAAACAUUUACCGCACCACUUCUGAAGCUCUGGAGUCAUUUGACUACAUAACAAAAAAUGGUAAGAUAUGAGUAACCCUCAAGAAUUUCUGGCCUGUUCGUUUCUGAAAUAUUGCUACUACAUCGAGGCCGGGGAAUCAUAGAUGGUUUUCGUGAACCGCACAUAUGAGGGAUGAACAUAAGUACCCUAUAUCUUCAGAACCGGUUGUUUCUUGAGAUUUAAGCGCGUCUGGUGCAACCAAUGCUAUGCAUAAGGUUGCCGGGUCAUAAUAUCAUGCCUGAAUACUCUUUGUUCAUCCCAAACACCCGAUCUCCAUUGACUCCCACAUUUCCUGUUUCCGUCCUCUCAUCCGUUAUCUUCUCUUUCACUAGACGAGUUUUGGUGGCCGAACCAAAUGCCAUUGGACGAUUGAUUGACCCUUUUCAGCAAAAGAUUAUCGUGCUCUCAUUAGGCUCUCCGACUUUGCAGGGAACUUCACCUGGCUGGAGAGAUGCACCAGCAAAUAUGCUGGCGCAGCCAUUAUGUACUUCGUUUCGAUGAAGCUCAAGAAGAAGUAUAACAUAACAGAUGAACGGGGAGCUCUGUAUGAAGCUGCCGAAACAUGGAUCAAAGCUCUGGAUGGGAGGGAUUUUCUCGGUCCGUUGCCCUCAUGUCGAUGACCUUGGGCUUCUUUCAAACCCGAACGUGACUGACCCGUUGAUCUCUUCUACAGGGGGCUCUAGGCCAAACCUAGCCGACCUCGCGGUCUUCGGCGUCCUGCGACCAAUCCGACACCUCUCAGCCGGAAAAGACAUGGUGCAGAACACGGGCAUCGGCGAGUGGUUGCAGAGGAUGGAGCUGGCCGUCGGUGGGUCCUCCAGGGUCGAGUCGUGA